AUGUGGCAGCUACCACCCUCUGCUUUCUCCUCUCAGCACACUUCUCUUCCUCAACACCACACCUUCUCCUCUCUUCCUCGACACACUCUUCCUCAACCUCAUAUCCUUCCACAAUUCCCUCCGAACGACAUGGCCUACACGACAAAGGAUCCCCACAUGGCCGACAACAUGGAGAUGAUCAGAAGACUGGCAGUACUGGAGACAGAGUUGAGGAUCGAGAGGCAGCAACAUGCAUUGGCUCAGCAGUGCAUCACUUACAUGGCACGACAGCUGGCCGCACAAAUCCAAACAUCUGGCAUCUCAGCUCCGAGAGAAGAAAGCCAGCUCCGCGGCAGAAGACUCGAGAGAUAUGAUCGUGCAGCUGAGCCCAGGAUCCGACCAGAGCUCGAGCAGAGAGCAGGAGGGAGAAUGGACUCUGUGGUUUCGCCUUCUCUGGUACCUGUCAAGACACGACCUGUGCCUGUCGGUCCCAGAGCCGAACAAACAUUCAGAACCGAAUGCCUUGCAUUCCUGGAGCGAAAUGAAGCGAAGCCAAAGCCAGUCGAUAUCGGCAAGGAUACGGACACAGAAGGCACGCUCUUUACCUUUGAGAACAGUGGCAGUCUCUGCAGCGAAGAUCCUCCAGACAAGGGCAUCUUCGCAUCGAGCUGGGCUACGACAGAGAAGAAAGUCAUUGAGCCAGAGAUGCAAGAAGACUUGAUGCAGUUUCCCGAGACUGAUGAUGUGUCCGAAGACACUGUGGUUGCAGAGCCUGAGGAAACCAUGAUUGAGGAGCAGAAGGAAGAAGCAAAGCAAAAGCAUGCGGCAGAACUUCGAAGGAACCAAGCACUGGUCAUGUACGACCCAGCUCCUAGCGAUGAGGCCUUCCGCACUGUGCUUGUCACAGACAUACCCAAGGACAGAUCAGAAGUAGACGUGAUGCGCAUGGUCUCUGGAGGUAUCAUUGUCAAGGUUCAGUCGAUGGACACGACAUGGAUAACAAAGAGCAAGACGAUGAUGAUCACAUUCUUGCAUGGCGAAGACGCUUUCAACUUCUUGAGAUCUGUGGAGGACAAAGUCGAGCCAAGGUUCAGUCUUCUCAAGACCCCCACGUAUCCCGUCAACGGCUACCUCGCUGAUGACAUGAUUUACAACGGCAUUACACGUUGCUUGGCCGUCCACGGUUACUGGGCGCUCAACGACAACCUGUUCCGACGCUUCACAAAAAUCAUGCAUGAAGCGGAUCCAUGUGACCGCAAGAUUGUCGAUAUGGCAGCCGAAGAAGGAACGAAAGAGGAAUGUGAGGCCGAUUUCUCCGAAGCUGGCGAGAUUGGAGAGUCGGGAGAUGAAACUGAGGUUGAGAGUGAAACGCAAGCAGGAGCAGAAUCGGAGUCGAAGACGUCGUCUGCAGACGAAAAAGAUGCAGACGGCUGGCCUGUUGGAGGCUUGGAUUAUGAUUAG